AUGUCACCCAAGAAAUCCAACCAUAAGGUCAUCAAUCAAGAAGCUUCUGGUGUAACUGCUACUACUGGUGAGGCUACUGUUGCCACUGCUGGUCCAACGUCCACUGAUAAAGCUCUCACUGCUGGUCCAACGUCCACUGAUCAAGCUCUCACUGCUGCCAAUCUGGUUGUUUCUGCUGCUCCUGUUGGUACUGAUGCUCAAGGCUCAACUGCUGCCACUCUGAUGGAGAUUGAUGAUCCUAUCGUCACUACUAGUCAAGAUGCAAUCAAUGGUGAUUCAUCUGCUGCUAGUUCUUCCAGCGUUGGUAAUAUCCAUGGGGAUAUACCUAGAACGUCUGUUUCAACCGAUGCUAUCAAUGGUGAUGCAUCUGGUAAUUUUGCUGUACUUGCUGAGGUUCAUGGGAGUCAAGCAAGCAGUGUCAGGGCUAGUAGUAACAUUCAUGGGAAUACUGCUGCUUCUGUAGGUGAUGCGAACGUUGACAAUGCAUCUGCCACCUUUUAUCAUAUUCCAGUACCUCAAGGAUUUGCCACCCCAAUCUCAAGUGAUGAAAGAUUGACCUUGAUGAAUGAAAUUGAACGGCUGAGGCUGAUGGUAUUCAAAACAACUAUUCAAAGCAUUGGAUGCCCACAAGGAUCAAUCAUACCUGCAAAUCUUGGUGUCUUGCGCAAUCAACUUGAGAUGGCUGAACGCACCUAUGAACUGGUAUUUGGCAAGACAGAGAGUACCUUGGUACCAAAUGAAACACCCUACUUCCAAUGGCGUGGACACUUCUUCAACAAGCGUAGGGCUGUAUUCGCAACACCAAAUGAUUGUCUUGAUCAUUUCGAACUGGUUUUGCAAGCUCAUCGUCUAUCAAUCCAUGACAAUUGGGAAAGAAUUGUGCCAGCCAAAUUGUCAACUGGAAUGGCUCGUUGGUAUACAAGCAUGGUUGCUAAACAAGGUCGCUUAACUUGGUCCGAAUUCCGUACAGCAGUUAUCAACAAGUAUGGUCGAUCAAGCAUUGAUAUGAGAGAUGAAGCAAGAGAGCAGCUGGAACGACUAGUGUAUCAACAGGGAGAGGCGUUCAAUCAAUUUGUUGACAAGUUCCAACAAUUGCGCAAUCAGGCUGAAAUCCAGGAUGAGGAUUGUAUCGUUCGCUACUUGAUCAAGGCCCUUCCAGAGGAAUUGGCGAACUACACCAAGUUCUCCCUCAACAACAAUUCUGACAAGGAGGAGAUCACUGUGGAUUUGGCGGUCAACAAGAUCACGGCUAUUUACAACGCACUCUUUAAGGACAAGUGGGAAAGAGAACGAGAGAAAGCAACCUCAGUAACAUCCUCAGCCUCAAUUUUAAUUAACAAUAGUGGCACCAAGGUCACCAGUCACUCAACCAAACGAUGUAUUUACCAUCCCAAUGCCCACAAUCAUCGUACCAAGGACUGCAAGGCAUCAGACAACAUGAAAAAACGUAUUGAUGCUGCACAAAGAAAGUUUGGUGAGGUCAACACUCGUAUAUGUCACGAUUGCAAGGAACCAGGAUGGACUCCAGCGCAUAGAGCUGUUUGCAAGAUGAAAAACAAUCAACCAAGAUUUCGAAACAAGGUUGUCAAAAAGACGAUCGUCCCUGUGCCCAAUCAGCAGGCUGAUUACAACUCUGAUGACAAUAUGGAUACGGAUACGGAAUCCGACGAGCAGAACAUGACCUUCGCAGCCAUGAACAUUAAAGAUUGUGAGUAUCAAUACAUGAAUGAACCACCUCGCAAUUUACUAAACAAAAACUCUAUUAUUUUGCCAAUUACUUUAGAGAACAACGACAUCAAGGUACGAACCUACUUUCUUCUGGACACAGGCUCCUCAUUUAGUUGUAUCUCCCCCAAGUUAGCCAAAAUAUUAGAAGUGAAAAUAAAUAAAGACAUUAAAGGCACCAUUAAAACUUGUAAAAAAGACACUGUAAUUGAUAGAAUUGGUUCUACAGAAGAGGACAUUAAGAUUAUAUAUAAUUCUCGCCAAUGUUACUCUAAAUUGGAGAUUUUUGAUAUCUUUAGUGACAUUGAUGUAGUAAUUGGUAUGGAUUUGAUCAUGCAAAUUGGUAUUACAAUCUCCAACAUGGCUAUGGAUUGGGAUGAUGAUAAUAACCCUGAGAUUCCCGCAAUUGAUCCAAAUCCCUACACUCCGAAUGAUUCUCCUUAUGGUACAGAGGCAGAGAGAGCUCAUUUCACGAAAGAAAUUGAACCGUACAUUAAGGCUAACAAAAACAUUGAUCCAAAAGCAUAUUGCAAUAUACCAGGUAGUACCCUAGAGUUGCAUAUAUUGAAACAUCAUGAGAAUAAAAUGUAUAAACCUCAAUGGCCUCUGGAAGAAAAGUUUUUACCAGCUAUUAAGGAACAAAUGGCCACAUGGAUUAGGAAUGGUGUCAUUCAACCAGCACCACCUGGAACGCCAUACAAUUCACCUAUAUUUUGUGUACGUAAAAAGACUAGCACUGGUGAGUAUGCUCCUGGUGUUUAUAGAGUAGUUGUGGAUUGCAGAGCUGUCAAUGCUGCAUUAGAUCCAGACAAAUCAGAUCGAUUCCCACUACCUUUGAUUAGCACGUUACAUAGAAAGAUGUCGGAACACGCUAUAUUUUCGGUGUUGGAUCUUUCACAAUGUUUCCAUAGUUUUAGGCUAGAAAGCGCAUCUCGCAAAUAUGUUUCAUUUAUUGAUCCAACAACUGGCCUGCAAUGGAGCUUCAGGAACUGCCCCAUGGGAUUAUUACCAAUUAGCUCGUUUGUGCAAAGGCACCUGACUAAUUUGUUCUCUGAUCUAAGCUCUGUCACCACCAAUUUCAUAGACGAUAUCACGGUGCACACAGAAGCAGACAUGGAAACACAUUUAAAAUACGUCAAAAUAGUUAUUGAUCGUUUAACAAAGGCUAAUCUCAAGAUAAAUCAUGCAAAGACUCAUUUUGCUCAGCGUAGCAUCAAUAUAUUAGGCUUUUGCCUAUCCGAGAAGGGGUUGGCCCUUGAUUCUCGUAAAGUAAGCAAUGUUUUGGAUUGGGAUCCAAAGGUCGCUAAUAGUAAAGAACUUCAAUCUCGGUUAGGAUUGAUUAAUUACUUUAGAGGCAAUCUACCUCGUUUGUCUACCUUAACCGCACCAUUGGAUGCUAUUAAAAAUGCUCCAGAUAUUGACAAGGUAUGGACAGAGGAUCAUACGAUUGCCAUGACCAACAUUCAUCAAUUGCUUGUUAGUAGCCCUAUUAUUUCAGCACCUAAUUUAGCCUAUCCAUUUUGUCUUGUCACUGAUGCUAGUGCUUAUGGCAUUGGUGCCUGUCUAUAUCAAGUUAUCAAGAAGCGUAUUUACUAUAAUGGCUUCAUUGCCCGUAAAUUAUCAGCUAGUGAGCAACGCUAUGGAUCAUCCAAGCGCGAGCUUUUAGCAGUAGUUUAUGCUUUCAAUAAGUUUCGCCAAUGGUUAUGGGGUGAAAAGUUUCAUUUAUUCUUGGAUAAUCGUGGUCUAUUGUACCUACAUUCUCAAGAGAAACUUACUCGCAUGAUCGAGAACUUUUAUGAUACAAUUUUUGAAUUUCACUUUGAUAUCACAUAUUGUAUGGGUAUGGACAAUAUUCUAGCUGAUCGACUUUCUCGCAUCUUUGUACCUGGGACAAAGAAGCUGGAGGGGUGUGGUUCUCUCGCUAGAAGAGCUACUGUUAUUAAACGGACAUUGGAUCCAAUCGAGUCUACAAAUAAUAAAAACCUUCACGAAGCUAAGAAGCAAAAGAAGGGUAGUAAAUCAAAGGACAUUAUUCUACAUCCUAUCAAUCAGAGUACUCAGGGUACCGAAAUCAAUGACAUGGAGAAUAAUGUUAAUAAGGAAAAUACAAACAGUAAUACAGUAAGCAGUGCACUCACAGAAACUGCAAAUCCUGACAGCAAGGACAAUAGAGAAUUGUUCAUUUAUGCAUCACAUUUGGAUAUUUAUGAAGUACCUAAAAGUGAGGCACAAAAGCAAGAACUAUUAGAAAAAUCUCACCUAUUAGGACACUAUGGGAUUACUGCUAUGGAGCAGGUUAUACAUGAGGAUUACCAAAUGCAUUGGAAGGGGCUCAGAAAAGACAUUGAACGAUAUGUCAAGAACUGUAGCAAAUGCAGGGUAUUUAACAUAGGAAGACAUGUAUAUCAUCCACCAAAGAAUCAUACUGCGGAUUCUGUUGGAGAUCAUUGGGUUUUUGACCUAGGCACAUUUGAUGUUACUACUCCUAGGGGUAACAACUUUAUCUUGGUAGCAAUGGAUUUAUUCUCAAGAUUCAUUGUGUUACGGGCUUUACCAAACAAAACUGCAACAACAGUUGCUAAAGAAAUUGUCUCUAUUUUUAGUCUUUUUGGUUACCCAAAAAUCCUUUCUCAUGAUAAUGGUAAGGAGUUUAGUUCUCAAUUACUGGAGAGCAUUGCUGCCAAUGCACAGAUAGAGCAAAGGCUUUCACUUCCGUGGUGCCCUUUAGGCAACAGCGCUUGUGAAGCCGCGGUCAAAAGCUCAAAGGCGAUCAUCAUUAAAAUGCUGGAUGGGUGUGCCGAAAAUUGGGAUUUAUAUCUUGAUGGCACAGCCUAUAGCUUAAAUUUACAUAAAUCAAGGUUACACGGUAUGAAACCUUUUGUCGUCAUGUUUGCCAGACUACCUAAUGAAUUAAAAGACUAUUCUGAGGUCGAAAUAAGUCUUCCAGAACAAACAUUGAAUGCCAAGGCCUUGAAAGACAAGAUCAAGAGAAUUGACAAGAUUCUUGUACCUGCAAUCAAGGAGCAGAUUGUCAAAACACAGAAAGCUGACAAUGCUUAUUUUAUGAAGCGGCAUAAAAUCCUAAAGAACCCAUUCCCCAUAGGAGCUUCAGUCAUGAUUAAGAAUGCAGAAAGCAAGAACAGCAAAACUGACCCUAAAUACGAGGGCGUGUUCUAUAUUCAUGGUUAUACAAAGAAUGGCAGUUACAUUCUAAAAGAUGAAACCGAUACAUUCUUAUCAAGAGAUGUUCCUACAUCUCACAUUAAAUUGAUCAACGAGAAUCCACCUCCUCCAGAACCUGCUGAUAAACGUUAUGAAGUUGAAGCUAUCCUCAAACAUAAGGGUAAAGCGCCUAACUAUCAAUAUCUCGUUACCUGGAAGGAUUACGAUUCUAGUUAUGAUUCAUGGGAAACCCCAGAGUUGUUUGAUUCAAAGAAACCUAUUGAACAAUAUUGGGCAAGAGUAGGAGCACCUGAAAAGAGCUCUGGUAAGAAGCAAAGAGCACCUAAAUCAAUCAACAAAAGAAAGAUUGCAACGCGUGAAGAGAGAUCUACAAAGAGACAUGCGCGGUUGAUUGAGAACAGACGACCAUCAUCGUUAUAG